UGAGUGGCAGGGGAACCGGAAGUGGGGGCGCUGCUGCUGGUGCUGGGGCCCGAGGAGGGACGCGCCGGAGCGGGGCCGCCGGGACUGAGCGAGCGACAGACGCGCCACCCGCCGACGCCGCAGCCGCUUGGGGCCCGCACGGACCCUCUGCCUGAGUGUAGAAUGAGCCAAGGAGACUCAAACCCAGCAGCUAUUCCACAUGCAGCAGAAGAUAUCCAAGGAGAUGACAGAUGGAUGUCUCAGCACAACAGAUUUGUCCUGGACUGUAAAGACAAGGAACCUGAUGUGCUGUUUGUGGGGGACUCCAUGGUGCAGUUAAUGCAGCAGUACGAGAUAUGGCGAGAGCUUUUUUCCCCACUUCAUGCACUGAAUUUUGGAAUUGGGGGAGAUACAACCAGACAUGUUUUGUGGAGACUCAAGAAUGGAGAACUGGAGAACAUUAAACCUAAGGUCAUUGUUGUCUGGGUAGGAACAAACAACCACGAAAAUACCGCCGAAGAAGUAGCAGGUGGAAUCGAGGCCAUUGUACAACUUAUCAACACAAGGCAGCCGCAGGCCAAGAUCAUUGUAUUGGGUUUGUUACCUCGAGGUGAGAAGCCCAACCCUUUGAGGCAAAAGAAUGCCAAGGUGAACCAGCUCCUCAAGGUUUCCCUGCCGAAGCUUGCCAACGUUCAGCUCCUGGAUACAGAUGGGGGCUUCGUGCACUCGGACGGUGCCAUCUCCUGCCACGACAUGUUUGAUUUUCUGCAUCUCACGGGAGGGGGCUACGCAAAGAUCUGCAAACCCCUGCAUGAACUGAUCAUGCAGUUAUUGGAGGAAACACCUGAGGAGAAACAAACCACCAUUGCCUGACUGGCUCCCAUCAGUGUUAAUAGCACCCAGCUUCCUCAGAUCAGUUAUAUCACUGGCACUACAGAAUCCUUCUCUUUCUUAAGGCACUUUGCAUUGUAGAAUGUUCCUGGAUGUUCAUAUCUAGUGUUUGAAGGGAGGAGGGAUUUAAACUGGUCCUGUACAUAGAAGGUUUGUUUGACACAGGAGAAAAAUUAGCCAAGGAAGAUUGUUGUUUAAAUUCGUUUGAAACCAGAAGGGGACUUUUUAGUUGUAUGUGUGACAUUUUCAUUCAGUUAUCACUGUUUUUCCUAGGACAACAUCAAGCCUAAGUACUGAACAAAAUGAAGAUUUUUUUCUUGGCCUUUCUUUCUAUGGAUUAUGUCAUAUAUACUAAUGAUCAGGAUCACACCUACUUGGCUUUAAAACAGAUGUUUUUUCCAGUUUUUAAGGUUCAUAAUUUAGCCUUUUGUUUUUAGUUUGUUUUACUCAUAUGUAUUUGCCACAUUUUUUUUAACUUACAGCAUCAGAUUGAACGUGCUUGUCACUCAAAUAUGGGAGAUGCUAUGGUUACAAGUGAAUUUGUUCCACUCUGUUAAUCUUUCCCGUGUUUAGCAGUGGAAGAUAGGUUUUGCCCCAUUUGGGGGACUCUGCGGAGGGUAUUAUUUUUAUGCUGCUGAAUAUCAUGUCUAUAAUAGACCCAUGCAUGCAGCCUUUCCUCCCUAUUUCCCCUCAUCCCCUCUUUUUUUUUUGGGGGGGGGGAGCCCUUGUUGACAUUACAAGCUUUUAACACAUUUUCGACCUAGGAGCUCUGUUGCUGGAAGUGUAAGUCCCCAGUCAGUCACUCUCAUGAUGUUACUGAUGUGCAACUCGUCCUUGUGAGGUGUUCUGUGCAUAGAGUCUGUGUCGUGCUAUCCAUGUGCAGAGUUCUGUUUGUUUUUUGUUUUUUUUUUUUUUCCUGUAAAAUAUGUUACAGUUUCCUUUUUUGGAAAAAAAAAAACCCAGAACUCUAUUUUCCAUUCCAUAAGCCUUGACAUUAUUUCAAGUUUUAUAGUAUCUUAAGAUGUAUAUUUUAUUUUUUCAUUGGCUUAGUUUUUAAAUUAUAAUCAGUCCAGAAAAAUUUGGCCUUUCCUUAUGGGCAAACAAACGGAGCUGCUUUUCAGAACAGACAUUUCUGCCUUGAUCCCACCAUUUUAGUGAAAAAGAACUAGGUUUGUUUAACUUUCAGGUUUUCUCCUUAGAGUAUUUUCACCUGAAAAUUUCUUCCAAGAGAGCUCUUUAUAAUCCUGUUGGUUUGCUUGAGCUACAAUAACUGCCAUUUAAAAAAUAAUGGGAUGAUACAUGGUUUAUUGUUUGGUAUACCUAUGGAGUAUGUACAAACUGGAUCUACAAACAGAUACUUUAAACUGGACCAGGUGGGUACUGGAGUAACCUUUUAACACGUGCUCUGCACAGAUUCUGCUUAACGUUCAAGUUCAGUGACUAAGGCUGAAGCUCGAUGAUCUGCUUGCAAGGCAAAUGCUUUUGUGAGUUGGAGGGGGUUGCCGAUUUGAGCAUGGAGCCACUUGUGAUUGAGAAGGAUAGAGAACUUGGGCUGAUGUUUUCUUGUAAAGCCUCUUUCUAGGAAUAUUUUUUCCGUCUUAUUUUUAGUCUUUUUAUUUUUUUUUUUUUAAUACAUUUCUGAAUGUAUCAUGUCUUCACUAAUGACAGAAAGUACAUGUGAUGUUUACUAGACUCGUUUCCCACAUUAAAGUUCCCUCUUCUGUUUUGAGUAGCCCGGAUUCUUGAGUUUUUCAGGACAGGUUCUUUCUUAGCUAGGCGUUGUUAGGCAUUGUUCUAAGGAGGAGAUUUAAUAAAGCCAGAAGUUUGUCUGUAAAAAGACCAUUUCUUCAGGUCUUUUUCCGUUUGUCAGAGGGCGGGAGUGUCGUCCAAACAAAUCCCUUAGGUGAUUCCUGCAGCAUGCGCUUUUAGUUUCCCUCUUGACUAAGAAUCAAAUAUCCCUUUGUGAGCUGGUCUUCAGCUCCUUUGCUUAUGUGUGUAAACCUCGGGUGUUACUACAUUUUAUACCUACCAGAGCUAUUCGAGCAAUAGUAUUUGAACCACUAGCCUUUUAAAUAAAAGUCUGCCCCGUUGCUAAUGUGCAGAUACUGAGUCCACUUUGAUUUCUUGCCAGCUUUCUCUGCACUGCUUUAGGCAGGAAGUGUUCAUCUGUUUUUCUUUGACAUCCCUGUUUGCUACAAUGACAGAACUUAAUGCUUACCCUUUGGAUUUCUUGCUCACUUUUCAUGUAUAUGUAAACUUAAUGCACUGUCCAAGUGAAAUGUCUUAGUUGUCAUUGUGAUUAAGGGGCCAACUUUCCAGACAGCUAGCAGAGGUGUUCUGAUCCUCCCCCCAGCAAGUUUUAAUUCCUUUGCCCACCCAUUCCCGAUAUCCUAGCCGGCAGCCGGUGAUGGCAUUGUAGAUUCUGCGGUCACAUUGUGAAUGUGGCAGGUGGAGGAUGUACUGCCAACACUGACCUAAGGCAUGUUGUUUUGCUGCCUACGUCUUCUGGACUGCCAUGGGCAGUGGUGUAGCUCCCACUUUGGGUCUUUUUGGACUGUUGGGGGCAUCUGUCUAAACCUGAAUCUUCUGUGAGAAACCUUAAUCCGACACAACAAAUCUUGAGUAGCUCAUGCCCUUCUCUUAAUAAUUCUGUCUCUUGUUGUUUCAAAACAAAACAAAACACAACUUUUUUUUUUAAACUUUUUUUUAACCUAGUCGCUGUUUACAGUUGUAUGCUAAAAGCCUGAAAUACUGUCUGUGCUGUGGUGUAUGAGCAUUGCCAAUUUUAUAUUUAUUGCAGUGAAGAAGAAACUGAAAAUAUAUGAAAAUGAGGAGCAUGUCCACGCUCCAAAAUCCGUGUGGGUGCAUGUGGGAGAAGUGAGUUGGGGUCUCUGGAAAGGAGGCUUUUUGGAGUGGGUCUCCUGCUUCUCCUUGGUGUUCCUGCUUGGGGAUCACUGCUGCUAGCUGACUGGGCCUCCCCAACAGAAGUUUGUGACUCUGCUUUGGCGAAGUUUCAUUGACUAGUAGAACUCAUUCUGUUUUAGUGCAUAUUUCAAUAUAAAUGUAAACAUUUCACUCAAACUUGCUCAUGUCUUUCUGUCUCCUUUAUCAAAAGUUUGGAUUCCAGUGGAGGGGGAAAAAGGCAUCCCUUUUCCCCCUACCUUAUCACAAGCACAUUGGAUACUUAGAUCAUCUGCUGCUUUUCUGGGGAACUGAAUGUACUGAGCUGACCAUCAUCACAUCUCAGGGCUGUGGGAGGGUAGGGUGGGCUGAGCAGAUAGGAGGAAUUCUAAGUAGAUACAUGGGAAAAUUGUCAAAGGAAGUGUCUCCGAUUGGUUAUGAGUAUCUGGCAGUUAAAGAAUUGAUUCUUAAACCGUUACACUGACCUUUUGGUCAUUUCUCCUAAUUUCAAUCUUUAGGGUUUAUUCACAUUAAACUUCUAAUUUCCACUGUCUCUCUAUUCCUCAUACUAAUAAUCCUCAGUUUUCUUGUUUACACUUUAGAAUAUCUCUUUCCACUACUGCCCCCAGCAUGAACUUGAGUGCUUCAGGUUAAUUGGACUAUUCUGAGCUCCUGUGCCAUCUAGGGAGAAGGUCCUCAGGAUAAUAUUUAUAUCCUACAUCUAAUACGUAGGGUGUAUCCAACCCAUUUUAUUGUUGAUGGAGAGGCCCAGGGAGGUAUGUAUGAUAUCCAUUUGAGGAGUCCUGUAAUUUCAUUGGUUGAGCUGGGAUUUGAAUCCAGCUUUAUGUGAUUUCAGAGUCCUUGCCUUUGCCAUUACUCAUUCAGUCUGGGGUAUCUUUUGAGCUAUAGAUUCUGAUUCACUGGGUUCAUGACAGAUACAUCCCUAGUUGCCUUCCAGUUGAAGGUCCUGGCAAUUAAGUGACAGCAGCUUCCUUCAGUCUUUCCUGCAGCCAGUAUAAUCCUCUUCAGUUCCAUCUUCCACAUGGUCACACAAUUACUAGAAUUUAUUUAAAGUUAAUUACCAGGGCACCUGGGUAGCUCAGUUGGUUAAGCGUCCAACUUGGGCUCAGGUCGUGAUCUCGUGGUUUGUGGGUUUGAGCCCCACGUCGGGCUCUGUGCUGACAGCUCAGAGCGUAGAGCCUGCUUUGGAUUUUGUGUCUCUUUCCUUCCCCCGCCCCAGUCACACACACUCUCAAAAAUAAAUGAAUAAACAUUAAAACUAA